UGCGGAUCGGGCCGGCGCCAUUUUGGGACUGAGACUGGUUGUGGGGGAGGGAAAAGCGGCAAAAGGGGAUUAUUCAAAGUACCGAAAACCUCCUCCCGGGAUCGAGCGCAGCGGCACCCCAGGCCUGGGGCACCUCUGGUGGGGCGGAAGGUGAAUGACUUACUCAGACAUGAAGAUCUAGCUUUUCAUUGAAAGGCCCCGGAUAUUUCAAGUGGCCAUUUUGGAAUUACAGUGUUUUUGGAUAAUUUUGCCGCAGAAGUUUGUGAAAAUUGGCAAGAAUCAUCUCUGAAGUGAAUUGAUGGUAGUGAAUUGUUCAACAAGCUGCUUCAAGAGAGACCCAGGCAUUUCUUCAGUGUUUGCUUUGAAACGGAUCAUAUAUAACUGGUUAAGAUUUUCUGCUGGUGGUCUUUUUGCCGCCCCCCGCCCCGCCGGUGUUAUUCAGCCCACGCUGUAAGAUGUUUGAUUUGUGUACUGAGUAGUUUCAGUAGUUUCAAAUUACUGCUCAAAUAUUGGCCGUUUCACAGCAGUUUGUUUUUACCUUUAUUGAAAGUUUUAAGAAAUUUUGACUUCAGUCUUUUUUCAUGUCACAAUGGGACAGCUUUUCUAAAUGAAGACGUUAAUAGGAAGCAAAGUUUUUUUCUUUUAAUCUUUUGUUUACGUGGAAAUUUAAGAUGUUUCAGUUUCCCACCAGCAUGGUAGUACUGAGAUAGCUGAGUGUCGCUCUGCAUAUAUUUAGGAAUGCUCUUCAGAUGUGAAAUUUUCCUUUUGUUUCUACCUUUUGCCUCAUAAGUUGGAUAUUUAAUCUGGAGUGGAGAAAUAAAACUGAGAAAUAGAUGGAAUAAACAAGACUUUGACCUUAAAUCCAAGGAACUUAGGCUAAUUCUGUGGAUAGCCAUAUGAAAACUUUAAAACUGAAGUAUGGGUAGCUGACUUGGAGUAACUCUAUGUCAAAUAGUCACAGGUUAAGUAUCUUCAAAAAACUUGGAUAUUAUUUCAGAGGAUACAAAAUAAAAAAACAAACUGGAAAACAUAAGGAUUACAGAGGAAACACCAACACCUUCCUGUGCAGUCCUGUUGGAAUCUGGACUUGCCAUGAGGUGUUGAAGCCUUGUUUCCCUGAGUUGGAGAGACUGGACCUAAAUGGCGCAGCAUGAUUUUGCUCCAGCCUGGCUUAAUUUUCCUACUCCACCAUCAUCAACAAAGUCGUCAUUGAAUUUUGAAAAGCAUUCUGAAAACUUUUCAUGGACAGAGAAUCGAUAUGAUGUCAGUCGUCGACGACACAAUUCUUCAGACAGCUUUGAUUCUGGUGUUGGACGUCCUGCAGGUAACUUUGGAAGGAAAGAGAAAAAUGGGUGGCGUACACAUGGAAGAAAUGGUUCAGAAAACGUAAAUCAUCGAGGAGGAUACCAUGGUGGGAGUUCUCGGUCUCGUAGCAGUAUUUUCCAUUCUGGAAAAAGCCAAGGAUUGCAUGAAAACAGUUUACCUGACAAUGAACAUGGGAGAAAAGACGACAAGAGAGAACGCAAACAGUUUGAGGCUGAAGAUUUUCCAUCGUUAAAUCCUGAAUAUGAGAGAGAGCCAAAUCAUAAUAAGUCUUUAGCUGCAGGUGUAUGGGGCCUACACGCCCAGACACACACAUACCCAACCAAAAAAAUCUCCCAAGCUCCUCUCUUAGAAUAUCCUCCGAAUCCUAAAUCUAGAGCUCCAAGGAUGUUGGUCAUUAAGAAAGGUAAUUCAAAGGACUUACAGCUUUCUGGAUUCCCAGCAGUAGGAAGUCUUCAGUCACAGCCAGUCAAGAAUGGAACAGGUCCAAGUGUUUAUAAAGGCUUAGUCCCUAAACCUGCUGCUCCACCAACGAAACCUACACAAUGGAAAAGCCAAACUAAAGAGAAUAAAGUUGGAACUUCUUUCCCUCAUGACUCUUCAUAUGGUGUUGGCAACUUCAAUGCUUUUAAAUCAACUGCCAAGAAUUUUAGUUCAUCAACAAAUUCAGUGAAAGAGUGUAAUCGCUCAAACUCCUCGUCACCUGUUGAUAAACUGAAUCAACAGCCUCGCCUGACCAAAUUGACACGAAUGCGCACGGAUAAGAAGAGUGAAUUUUUGAAAGCAUUGAAAAGGGAUCGAGUUGAGGAGGAGCAUGAAGAUGAAAGCCAUGCUGGCUCAGAGAAGGAUGAAGACUCAUUCAAUUUGCAUAACAGCAAUAGUACUCACCAAGAAAGGGAUAUAAAUCGCAACUUUGAUGAAAACGAAAUUCCACAAGAAAAUGGAAAUGCUUCAGUUAUUUCCCAACAGAUCAUUCGAUCUUCAACCUUUCCACAAACUGAUGUUCUUUCAAGCUCACUUGAAGCAGAGCACAGAUUGUUAAAAGAGAUGGGGUGGCAGGAAGACAGUGAAAAUGAUGAAACAUGCGCUCCCUUAACUGAGGAUGAGAUGAGAGAAUUCCAAGUUAUUAGUGAACAGUUACAGAAGAAUGGUCUGAGAAAAAAUGGUUUCUUGAAAAAUGGCCUCAUCUGUGACUUCAAGUUUGGACCCUGGAAAAACAGCACUUUCAAACCCACGAUUGAAAAUGAUGACACAGAGACUAGUAGCAGCGACACAUCGGAUGACGACGAUGUGUGAAGGAUUUCCUAACAGCUUUAGAAAUUUUAGUGUGACACAUCUCUCAUACAGUUUGGGGUGAAUUGUAAAAAUGAAGAACUAUAAUUUAUGUAGUAAAAUACCCCAGUAGAAGAUGAUUUUUGGGGGGACUUCAGUAUGAAGAGAACCAAGAAUGUUGUGUUGAACUGUGUUGAACAUUAUUUCUUUGUAAAUGAAUGUUGUAGAAAUGAGGACUUUGGUUGAUCCAACAUUGACUUUCUUCAUCACUGCAGCAUUUCUCUGACUAGCAAUGUGACGAUGUAACAAAUGAGAUUUUCUCAUUUAAUAAUAAAAAUUGUGUAAUGUUUUGCAAAGCUUCUGUCUUAAAAUGUCCAGGUCUUAAGAAAAAAAAAGGCAGCUUAACUGUUUUGCUUGCAGAGUCCUAUCUUUUUCGUACAAUGGAAGUCUUCAAGUCCACUUUGUGCGCCCCUCACCCUGCACCCGACAAUGGGGAGAAAACAAAGAGAAUGUAGCAUGUUGGCUAAAACUGGAGCAAAGUUAAUCUCCUAAACUCAACUGCUGUACUAGUCACCUUUUACAAUAUAAAUUGCUCUUUCCUCAUUUGUGGUGCAGUCAGUGUUACAAGGAAGACUUGCCACAUUUCCAAAUUUUCAGAGAUGAUUUUUCAAGAGCUUUAUUUGGGUUUAUGUUGUCAGAUCAGGAUUUUCAGAGUUGAUGGAAGAGCCUUGUGGGAAAAGUUAUUUUGAUAAAUUAUUACACAUGCAGAAAACUGAUCAAGUUGACUGGAUCUGUCCACAACAUGAAAAUAAACUGGAUUUUGAGAA